UGGUUUGUGGGUAUCCCCAUUUGCGAGAACGUGAAACCAAACAUAAUAUGAUGUUAACAGCUCCAGCGGGCAGCUUCCGAACAUGCCGUCAGUCGCGUGUAUGACUUGGAAUUCGCGAAAUUAGAUUCUAAUUGGCCCCUGACUGGUCACGGCAGGUGCUCGAUGUGGGAAGCAAUCUGCCGCGAGCGCGUUGAGUUGAUUUCCGCACGAAAAGAAACAUUUGGAUGUUUUGUAGUAAAUUUUUUUGCGGUAGUAAGACAGUGAGAAAGUGGUGGAAGAAAGUGAUCGAAAGUGAUAUUCGUUCUGAAUUGCGUGCUCGGUAUCUGCACUAUGCUCGUGAGUGGUUCGCCGUUGAAAGUUCGAAGUCCUAGGAUAAUACCAGCAGAAGCGUCGCCCUAUGGUCAGGAUGCAUGGUCAACAAGCGGCGGGAGUAGCUACAAACCUCUCACCCAAAAUGCCGAAUCAGAUACUAGUCAAUUGUCCGUUAUAUUCGAUGAGGUAAUAGAUGGCCAGUCGGACCCGAUAGUGCCUCAAUUGCGAAACUCUACUAAACCGCCAAAAACUAAGUGUCCUUGGAAGAUUCCGUGGGUGGCCAUCACAAACUGUUGUGUGCAGAUUGCAAUAUUUGCUUUACAAAGUAAAAGACUGUCUAAUCUGCUCAUCUACACGCCCUACAAAAAAUAUGAGAUCUGGCGAUUUUUCACAUAUUCGUUGCUACAUUCAGAUGCUGUGCAUCUUGUAGUGAAUAUUUUUCUGCAGGUUAUAACUGCGUUUGCCCUGGAGACAGAGCAAGGAUAUCUCAAUGUGUUCAUUAUAUAUAAUUGCGGAGUUUUUACCGGAUCUCUGGCAACCUCAAUCUUCCAAAGAGAGUUAUUGAUCGUUGGAUCGUCAGCUGGAGUUUACUCCUUGCUUCUAAGUCAUGUACCACAUUUAGUUUUAAAUUUUUCUUCACUGCCAUAUCGUUAUUAUCGAGUUGUAUCUGUGAUCGUCAUAUGCCUUAAUGAUGUACUUCUAACGACGUUCCAUUGUAUAAAGGAAUCUAACACGCAACCAAAAAUCGGAUUAGCAGCACAUAUAAGUGGGGGUUUGAGUGGUUUACUACUAGGAUUUGCCUUGUUCUCUGGAGAAAAGACGUACACCUUUCAAUUUAUUCGACUUUUUGCUGGAAUGUUUUAUUGUGCUUUUGUGAUAGUCAUGAUAUUGUUAAAUUUGAAAUAGAAUCGACACCGUGAAAUGUAUAUAAAAACGAAUUGAUAGAAGAAUAAUAAAUUACAAAUACACAAC